GUUCCUCGGGGUGCUCGUCACGCAAAGGCGAUGUGUUAGAAAAGAGAGAGAUAAAAAAAAACACUUGAGCUGUGAUAUUUAGUGUUAAGUGUAUAUGAGCAUAUGUCAAAAGCAACGAGGCACAAGCCUAGCGGAGCGGGCGCGACUGUCAUGUGACAAGUGCCGCGAGUGACCCAGUGUGAGAGACGCGUGAGUGCCAGAGCGGCGCUCGUCCCCCUCACUCGGCGCGAAGGAUGCUGGCCCUCGCGCGGAUAACGAGAUAAAACGUCCAGGAAACAGAGGAACACGGGAUUUUUGCUCGCAGGGGAAGGGGACCGCGGUCGCCUGCGGUGCCAGUCCAAGAGAGCUUCGGGUGCCAGAGGUAGUGCCAGGCAGGCGGGGGCUUUGAGGUGACACUGGUGAGCUCCACCUGUUACCACCUGUCACUUGCACCAGGUGGGCUGCCAGCAAGCAAGCGAGUGUUGCCAGGUGUGCUGGGGGGCCGCUGCGAGUGCUGAUGCUGGCCGCCACCCGGGGUCCACCAGGCCCCACGCCCGCGCCGCCCACCAUGCCCGAGCCACGCCCACACUCCCACAAGGUCCACCUCCAACACGGUCCCGCGCGCUUCCACAAGCCCUGGUACAACCCACCAUGGGUGAGUGAGAGCAAGGCUUCCAGCAAGUCCGCCGAGAAGGGACACCGAGCUAGGGGCGAGGAUGGCGUGAGCGGGAUGGCCAGCUCUGGAGGAGGCGGCGGGGUGAGUGGGUCGUCGUCGUCGUCGGCGCGGGUGUCGUCGUCCCGGUCCCGCACGGAGGAGAUCGGCAAGUACCGCCUCCUCAAGACCAUCGGCAAGGGGAACUUCGCCAAGGUCAAGCUCGCCAAGCACAUCCCCACCGGCAAGGAGGUGGCUAUAAAAAUUAUAGACAAGACGCAACUUAAUCCAGGGUCGUUACAAAAGCUGUUUCGGGAGGUCCGCAUCAUGAAGAUCCUCGAUCAUCCAAACAUUGUCAAACUCUUCCAAGUGAUAGAAACAGAAAGAACUUUGUACCUGGUGAUGGAGUAUGCUAGUGGUGGGGAGGUAUUCGACUACUUGGUCUUCCAUGGCAGGAUGAAGGAAAAGGAGGCACGGGCAAAAUUUAGACAGAUUGUUUCAGCAGUACAAUAUUGCCACCAAAAGAAGAUCAUUCAUAGGGACUUAAAAGCUGAAAAUUUACUUUUAGAUUCAGAAAUGGUGAUAAAAAUAGCAGAUUUUGGCUUCAGCAAUGAAUUUACGCCAGGGAAUAAGUUAGAUACUUUCUGUGGUAGUCCACCUUAUGCUGCACCUGAACUCUUUCAAGGGAAAAAGUAUGAUGGUCCUGAGGUAGAUGUGUGGUCUUUGGGAGUCAUCCUGUACACCUUAGUUUCCGGCUCACUACCUUUUGAUGGGUCUAACUUAAAAGAACUUAGAGAACGGGUACUAAGGGGAAAAUAUCGUAUACCUUUCUACAUGUCCACUGACUGCGAGAAUCUGCUCAAGAAGUUCCUGGUACUCAAUCCAGCACGUAGGGCAUCUCUAGAGACAAUAAUGAAGGAUAGAUGGAUGAAUAUUGGUUAUGAAGAUGAUGAACUAAAGCCGUAUGUGGAACCAACCAUAGACCUUGAUGACAUUAAACGAAUUGAGAUUCUCAGUGAAAUGGGUUAUUCUCGAGCCGAAAUAGAAGACAGUUUGAAGAGUCAGAAGUAUGAUGAUGUAUAUGCUACCUACCUACUCCUUGGGCGGAGAUCUUCGGAUCUUGAGAGUGAUGGUUCCCGGUCAGGAAGCUCACUUUCCCUUCGCAACACCUGCUUAACGCCGCGAGGGCAGGAAUCUAGCGGAGCUGCCCAAUCUCCCUCGCACUCCCACCGGGGAGUUCACCGCUCAGUCUCUGCCACCAACUCCAAGCCCUCUCGCAGAGCAUCCUCCGGUGGGGAGACCAUUCGGGGUGGAGGCACAACUCCAGUCUCUACUAAUGCACACAACCAUGCGGGCACCAACAACUUCCGGCGGCAGAACACAGUUGAUACUGCAACCAUCAAGGAGAACACUGCUCGACUGGCUCAGGGGGGCGUCCCCACCACCUCAGCCUCACGCUCGGCAGCACUCAAGAACCAAAAUAUCACAGCCCUUGAUCCCUCAGGGGCACCCGGCAAAGCUGGAGGUGCAGGCGCAGCGACCAGUCCUGGUGUAGGGAAGUCUCGGGUACAGAAGAGUAACACCAUGACCAAUAGAACCAUAGGUAGUGGCUCAGCACGACGCUCAACGUACUCCUAUGAUGCCAAUAAGGCCUCCUCAACAGAAAAGACAAACAUAACAAACGUUCCAGAUUCUGCUAGUGGCGUGGCUGCGGUACCACUCCUCCCUGGGGCCCCUCCCUCCUCUGCGGUGGGGGCCCCGGUGGACAGCCUGUCCCCUGGCCACCCCUCGGCAGCCACUAACUCUCGACCUGCAAAAGGUCAUUUCAAGUCAGCGUCUAUUUCUGCGGGCACGGGUGCUGGUCCAGGUCGAGUGGAUCUCUCGCCCUUAGACCACCCCCUAGAUCCUUUACGGUCAAGAUCUGUCGCCUCCAGACCCAGUGGGGACCACAUGAGAAUGCUUAGCUCUUCAAACAAAACACCAGUGUCACCUAUAAGCUCAAGCAACCGCUUCCCCCGAAAUGUGCCCAGUCGAUCCACGUUCCACAGUGGACAGAAUCGGCAAAAUAACAAUACGUACAGGGGAGUUGGUGCCCCUCUAACUACACAGGAUACCAGUGCCCUCUCCUCCACGAGUAGGACCAGUUUCUUCUCAAAAUUGUCAUCUAAAUUUUCAAAACGCCCCCUGGAAACUCCACCUAAGCAAGGCGCUAGGUAUGUUGGCAAGGAUGGGAGUGUGGAAGCAGAGAUGGCUGAAAGGGUGACAUAUCGAGGUAUCACAGAGGAGCACCCUAAAAGCACAUCCGUGAAUAAUGAUGAGCAGGUCAAGCCUCGGUCAUUGCGCUUCACGUGGAGCAUGAAAACGACCUCUUCACGAGACCCCAAUGACAUCAUGGCCGAGAUUCGCAAGGUAUUAGAUGCAAACAACUGUGAUUAUGAGCAGCGAGAAAAGUUCUUGCUUCUCUGUGUCCAUGGAGACCCCAACACAGAUUCUUUAGUACAGUGGGAAAUUGAGGUGUGUAAGCUACCCAGACUUAGCCUGAAUGGUGUGCGAUUCAAGAGGAUAUCAGGAACUUCCAUUGGGUUUAAAAAUAUUGCCAGCAAGAUUGCUAAUGAGCUAAAACUGUGACUACAAGGGGAGUUAGAACUAGGUGACUCUCUUGUAGAAGUACCACUAGGACAUAACACAGCCUGAGGUUAUGUAUCUAGUUCAGGUCAAAGUAGGCUGGGGUGUCUGACCAGUGAUGUGUCGAGGUCACACGAUUUUGUUAGAAAGAUUCAGGGAGUCAAAACAUAUUCCGAAACGUGCCUGAUAUCCAUCAAAGUUGCAUGUGUUUAAAAAAGUUGUUGUAGAACCAAAUAAGUUUUUAAAACUGUUAAGAGAGACAAGCUGGCACCUAACAAGUUUUCGGAGGUGUUCUCAAUAUGCAUUUUCGUGUUCUGACCUGGACUGUAAUCAGGCCCCCUUCCCUCUCAAGCUCACCUGAAAUAUAUUAAUUAACAAGCUCACCCCUGGGAGCUUUCACAUUAGAGCUCCAUGGGCCUCCCCUGAAGCACCUUUGGCUUGUUGGCUUCCCACCCUCACUCUCUAAAGCGUACCGUGGACCCCUCUCGCUGCUCGAAAUCCAGUUGCCUUUCAGGAAUUUAUGAUGGCCACAGGACUACUGUUGAUAUUCAUGAACUUUUAAACUAUCCUGACACUCCUGACCAGUGAAAGACAUGCUGUCAAUAGAGCCAUUGCUUCUUCACCUUCAAUGACUCGAGGUCAUUAGUGUGAUAUUUAGAACAUUAACAAUACUAAGUGGAAGAUUUUGAAUGGACUUGAACAAAGUGUCUUAGUACUUACCCCCUUCCACCAGUGCUGGCCAGAGUAGUGCGGUUGUGUAGAUCACGUUUGGUGGAAGUGUAAACAAAGUCUCACCUUGGACUCCAGUGGAUAUAGUGAAAUGUGAGGCAAAUAUCCACCAUAUCAUAUUAUCUCCAUGUAUGUAAACCACGCAUCAUGUGUAACCGUAUCAUCCUUACGUGUUGCACUCACCAGCUAACCAGAAAGAGGUUCCAAAGGAACAGUUUUACCUUGUUUUCUUUUGUAAAUAUUUUGGCUAUAGGAAUGAGGAAUUCCAGCUGCCCAGUUUUGUUAUGUAUUACCUAUAGGAUGAAUGAGGUGAUUUGAAUAUUAAUAUGUACAGUAUUGUAAAGAAUUUGGUCACAUAUGCUGACUCUGAACUUAACCCUAAUCCUGGUUAAAAUAAAAAUACUGUGCAACGUGUAGCAUGAGCAGAGCUUUACUCCCAGUCGCCCCAUGCCCUUGUGUAGAAACCAAAGACUGGGGCCUCACUUCUGUUGUGCCUGGAGUAGUGCGUUGCAGUCUGCCAGUGUCUGCCAACUGUCAACAUGGUUUUUUCUGCCAUAUGCCCCCACCUAGCCUUGUUGUAUAUUUACCUGUUUAUCUGCCCUGUUGUACAUGAUAUAUAGUCUUCUGAUUGGUGAGCCAUCAAUACCACUAUGAUUCUUCUUCUUUCUCAUCUUUGUCAAAACUUCAAAUCCCUCCCCUUUGCCCCCUCCCACCCCUCCCCCACAUUAUCCAUGUCUCCCUGUUCUCAAAAAUGAAAAUGGAAAAAAAGUUGACCUGGCUUAUUCCCCAGUCUGUUUCUUUCCGAUCCCCACACAAUUCAUCCGACAGCCCCCCUAUUCCAUGUACCCCCCCCCCAUCCCCUCCCACCCUCCCGAUACCCUAAUUAAGCCCCCCCCCCUCCUCCCCCUCAAUCCAUCCCCCAUAGUUCCCACCUGUUAUGGGACUGAGGCUUUGCUUCAUACCCAUAUAAUGCUUAUAUUUUUUAAUUAUCAUCCAUUGUGUAGAUAUAUUCCCUUGCAUUGUCAUUAUCAUUUUAUUUUGAAAAUCCUGUAAUCAUUAUUCAUCUUGGUUAGAAAUACUAGUGGUGGCAGUUAGGUAUUUGAUUUUUUUUUUUUUCCAUCUUUCUUUUUUUUUUUCAUACUUUCUUUCUGGGAAUAUAAUCAUGUAAAUUUAUAGUUGCUAAUAUUUAAUAAAAUUAUGAGAUGAUAAUGUAUGGACCAUAUAGUGACAGUUUUUCUCUACACAACCUUGGGCUUAAUUCUAUAUGAAUUCCUUGAAAUUUGGUGCAAAUCAUUGAAAUAUUUGCCAUCCUCAACAUUUUAAUCACAGGUGAUGACGGUCAUUAAAUAUUGAUAGGCCUACUUUUUAUUGCACAGACCAAAUCAAAUGAAUAGGAGUUUUGUGAUGUGAACUCUGGGAUUCAGUUGAUAUACACUUUGAUUUGUAUUUUUACAUUUCCUAACCCACCAGUGUAACUUGAGAGUGGUAAAAAGACAUCCUUUUAUUUGUUUGAUUGGAAGAUUUAAUAAGAAUUAUUUAAUAAUGCUGCUGCAUAUGUUCAUUCCUGUAACUACCUGUGUACAUACUCAGCCAGUAGCCCUUGAAAUACAGUGACAAUUCACAUCA